UUUUGUAAAAUUAUUAAGAAGCUUUUUACAUUCACUAUAUUUAUGUCUGUUGUUCAUUAAGAAUGAAAACAUCAAAUGCGAAUUAUUUCAUUUAGUAAAAGUGCGAAUAUUAACUCUAAUCAAGAAUGGAUAAGACAGAGCUUGACCCAAUUACUUCUCCAAUGGGAGAUAUGGGUCUAUCCCAGAUACUGUUAUGCCUUGCCAUAUUCUUGUCGAAAUUCCCAAGCGGUUGGAUACAGGUGUCACAUAUUUUUCUAUGUUUUCCAAUGAAUCCCAAAUGUACUUCUCCGAGCAAUGUUACUGAUAUUUGCGAUGACGCAUGCGAAAAAUAUGAAUUCGACCGCAGUAUAUUCGAAGAAAAUGUGAUAUCUGAAUUUGACUUAGUAUGUAAACGAGCGCCGCUGGCUUCGCUUUCUCAGACAAUUACCAUGGGUGGAACUAUGACUGGAAGUAUUCUAUUCGGUGUUCUCGCAGAUAAAUAUGGUCGUCGUCCUGCUUUUCUUACAGGGUGCAUGCUAUUAAUGAUAUUUAGUGCUUUAGUAUCAUUCUCACCUUGGUUUUGGGCAUACUGUCUGUUCAGAUAUAUAGCUGCUACAGCUAACGGUGGUGUAAUGAUGACAAGUUUUGUAAUAAUAAUGGAAAUAAUUGGAAAAAGCAAACGUGAAAUAGUGGCUAUGUUGUAUCAUAUUCCAUUUAAUAUGGGACAUGUUGCGUUACCUGCAUUAGCUUAUUUCUUCCGAAAUUGGCGUGUAUUCAAUAUGAGCUAUUCUGUCGAGCAUUUCCUUUAUGUAAUAUAUUGCUGUAUCGUCCCAGAGUCACCGCGGUGGCUAUUUGCACGUGGAGAAACAGAAAAAUCCGCAAAUAUAAUUUCAAAAUUUGCGAAAAUGAACGGCAAACCAACUGACACAAUUAAAUCUGAUCUCGAUUCCGCAUAUGUCCAUCAUAAAGGAACCCAAGGAGCAAAAAAAGCGAACAUUUUAGAUUUAUUUAAGACACCAAAUAUGCGGAUGAAGAUCCUUGCGAUGGGUUUCGAAUGGUUCGUUGUAUGCAUGGCCUAUUACGGUAUAUCACAAUACGUAACACAUUUAAGCGGUGAUGUGUUUUUAAACGUGGCAUUUAGUGCAUCUCUCGGUGUACCUGGAACACUAUUAUGCAUACCAUUGACUAAAUAUUUGGGACGGAAACCCACUUUAAUAUUGUCUACUUUGCUAACUGCCAUAUCAUUAUUACUUAUGUCUCUUUUACCGAAACUUUCUGAUAAAAUUCAGGUAAUAUUUGUGAUCAUUGGUUUUUUUGGUGCAACAGUCACUUUUCCCACAGUUUACAUCUAUGGAGGUGAAUUGUGUCCUACUGUUGUACGAAGUUCUGGCAUAGGUUUUUGCUCAAUGUUAGGACGUGCGGGUUCAAUGUUAGCUCCUUUCGUGGUAGAUUUAGCUAAAAUUCAUAUGAGAUUACCAGGAAUUGUGUUUGGGUGUAUGUCAUUGUUAGCCACAUUAACUUGUGUCCUAAUACCAGAGACAAAGAAUACUAACUUACCAGAAACUCUUGAAGAUGGAGAGAAUUUCGGUAAAAAAGGUGCCGUGCAAUAAUAAUUUUGAUAUAAUGAAAGCGCUAUCUUUCUUAUAACAAUUUAUCUACUUUAUAAAUACAAUUAGAGUACGUAAAUCGAAACACCUUUGUAGAAAAAAAAAAUUUGAAACUAAACACUAAUUAAUAUUAGUUUA